UCUCUCUCUCUCACAUGAAAAGCUUUUACCGUCGCUGCUCAGACACUGGUGAAUCCUACUGUGGUCCGACCUGGACCCCAGGACCUGUCUGGACUUCACUUCUGACGUGUCCGGUGGAGCUCUGGGACGGGAUGCUGGGCACCGAGGCUGACGGAGCUGACGUGGGCCUGCUGAGCCCGGAGCAGCUGGAGUGUAAGAUCUGCUACUGCAGCUACAACCUGGCCGGUCGCCGGCCCAAGGUUCUGCGGUGCCGCCACUGCCUGUGCUCCAGGUGCCUGUCUAAGAUCCUGGACCUGGACGGGCCCGCCGGCGCCGUCAUGUGCCCGUUCUGCCGCUGUGUCACUGUCCUGACGGGGGCGACGCCCAACAACCUGCUGGACGACUGCGAGCUGCUGGCAGCGCUGGCCCUCCAGAACCGGAACCAGAGAAGCCUCCACCUGUACCAGCAGGCCCAGACGGAGCUGGUGCUCAGCCCCAGACGGCUGAGCCUGCUGGUGAGCAGCAGCCCCCCUGUGGCCUCCUCCUCCUCCUCCUCCUCCUCCUCCUCCGCCCAUAGCUUUGUGGUCAUCACCAUCAUGGAGCCUCCACCCGCGUCCCACCAGAACCUCCAGCUCCAGCCCCAGCCCCGGGGCCCGUACGUGCCCGGCCUGGACUACCGCUCCUCCAGCCUGGACUCCAUGGCCUCCAUCCACCAGAGGUGGACGGGGUGGAACUGCGCCGCCCGGGCGCUGGUGUGGGUUCUGGCGCUGCUGUACUUCAGCUCGCUGCCUCUGGGCGUUUUCCUGCUCGUCAUGCAGAGGACCGGGCUGGGGGCCGUGCUGCUGAGCCUGGUUCCGUCCAGCCUGGUCCUGGUCCUGGUCUACGGCCUCUGCCGGUGCGUCUGCCAUGAGCUGUGGCUCUGCAUGAACUGAACCAGUGGAAGAAACAGCCGACUCAGCGUCUGAUCCACAUCCAUCACUAUCGCACAUUAGAGCCUGAAUCGGCCAAUGCCGAAUGGGCUCAACUUCAGCUUGAGGUGAAGCGUCUGUGGAUCAGAGUGUUAACAGGCAGCAGCCAAACAGAAGGACGUGGAUGUGAGCGCUGAAUAAAAAGGUCCCGUUUACUGACGGCUCACUGAGGCCACGCCCUCAUGUUUAAUGAAGAACCACCCAGUGGGUUGUUACAUCACUGCCAUCUGACCCCCAACGCAUGAACAUGUUCUGUUACUAACCUCACACUGGACCUUUUCUCCCUUUUAUCUGUAUUCAUUAAAUCAGCUCUUUCGUGUCUAUUAUUUUUUCUUUUGUUGUUUACAUUCGUUUUUACCUGAAUGAGGUCUCGUCUGUUGUCACGUCUCAGUUGACAUGAACCUGCAGCGAGUCGCAAAGUCAACGUCAUGAAGGAUGUUCUGUGUUUUCAGGGGUUUUCUGUUUGUGUGACCGUCAGUUAAACUGACUCUUACCCGGUCAGAACCACUAGGUGGCGCUGGAUCCACCUC